AGUGUGAUGUCAGGGUUUGGAAUCACAAUAGCAAUGAUAACGAUGAUAAUUGUAGCUAAUUUAACGACAAGUGUUUACACGGAGCCUCUUGUCAUGCCGGACAAGUUCCAACACACUGCAACUAAACGAGAAUCAUGGUAUAUAGACAUGUUCGACACCUCCUACACCUCCAUCUCCAUCCCUCUGCUAGCUAUCUCAGCUGUAAUACCCGCCUUCCUGGUCUCUGUACUGAUCAUCAUGGAGAGUCAUCUCACCGGGGUUCUGGUUAGGAAACCUGGUCACAGACUCGUCAAAGGUUGUACACCUAACUGGGACACGUUUCUGAUGGGAGCUAUCCUCUUAGUAUGUUCUCUAUUAGGACUACCCUGGCUCUGUGCUGACUCUGUUAGAACUAUUGAGCACAUCAAGACCCUGACAGUGUACAGCAAGUACUCCGCUCCCGGAGAGAAACCACGUGUUCUGUACAUCCACGAACAGAGAGUCACUAUAGUGCUUGUUCAUGUUCUAGUCGGAUUAUUCAUCCUGUUUCCCAGUGUGAUUCAGAGUAUUCCAGUAGCAGUUUUGUUGGGUGUCUUCCUCUUCCUAGGCUUCCUCUCCUUAUCAGGGCUGCAGUUUGUGAAAAGGUUCAAGAUGCUAUUCAUGAGUGCCAAAUAUUUCCCCGACUACAGCUUCACUAGCAAGGUGAGGACUGCUAAGAUCCACACGUUCACAGUUCUACAAUUAAUUCUCUCUGCACUUAUGUUCGGGAUUAAGCUGUCGCCGGGUUCUUUUUUGUUCCCCAUAUGUGUUAUCGGUUUAGCCCUGAUAAGACGCUACGCAAUGAAAUCUAUCUUCUCAGAAGAGGAAAUCGAGGAGUUAGACCCAGAGGAAUCCGGAAGUGAGCUAGAUGAGUCGGACCACGAGUAAUUCAUAGCGGGACAGUUCUAAUUGUAGGAGCUUUUAAUAAAGUUUAUCUGAAAUCUUAAUCAGAAUACUGAAUAGAGAAUUAAUACAUGAUUCAUGGAUAUGCAAUUUGCAUCAAAUUGAUAAAGUUAGGGCUACAAAGUUUGGGUUACAAAGUUCAUUUGAAUUACUUGAUCCUUUGAUUUUAAUAUAUUUUGAUCGGUUUGGGUCAGCCAAUUAAUUUAUGUCGAUAUUUUCAGUACCCUGUACAAUGACGUCGGUUCAUGACUGAAAGUUUUUAGAACUAUGUUUUAUUUUAACAAGAGCUUAUGAAUUUUUGAAAAUCCAAAAUUAC